GUCUCUCUUCCGUUAAAGCGCCAUUCGAGCGGCGUCUGGAAAAGGACGGGAAACAGCACCCGGGGAGAAACUGUGCAACCAGCCCCGUCCGACCAAACUCACCAUGUCGGCCACAAACGGCCGGGAGAGAUCCGGAUAGCGCAAUGCAUCUCCAGGGCCUAGCGUCAAGAGCAGCUCAGUCAAAGAGAAGGAGGCCACACCCCUUUUUUUAGGAACCUACCUGCUGUAAACUAGAUUCAUACCUUAGGGUUAAAGUGGAAGAUGAUGCAGAAGCUGUGAUCUUUAAUGGAGCCGAAAUGGUGGACAUUCAGAACGGUUCAUCGUCCCUUACUACUGAAGAUCAGUCACAAGCAAACAACCAAAAAAGAUAUCUAGCUGCUGUAGUUUAUGUACAGAAAUCAGGAGCAGAAGGCUCACCCAGUGCUUCAGGUAUGAAUACCAAUGAGGCAGCAGCAAACCUGCCACAAGAGUGCCUACCGAACAGAAAUGACAUUUCAUCUAGUACCGUAUCGCACGAGACUAGACACAGGGCUGGAGAAUACACUUACACUUACAGACCAAAAAGAAGGAAGAUCACAAUCCAUAAUGCACCUCAGAUGAGAACCAGAGACACUGGAGAUUAUGCAGACUAUGAAGAAAAUGGUGACUUUGUUUAUGACUACAGUGCUGACUAUGAAUGUGCCAGUGAUAUGUCAGAAGGUUCGUAUGUUACAGAUCAGCAGAGGACUCUGGUGGAGGUUCUGAAUUACUGCCAGGUAAUGUAUGCUGCUAUCCAGAGACUGGAUAAGAAAUUUGAUGUCCUGCAUCGUAGGGUCACUGAGAUGCAUCAGGGAAGAAUGAAACCUAUGUUUUUUAAACCGAGACUUAUGACUGUGUCCUAUGGAAAUGCCCACCAGAUGCCGCUCACCAAAAUGAAAAUCCAGAAGCCAGUGGAAAGGGAAGUACGGAUCCGGAUGCCACCACCUGAUCAAGGGUCUUGUUCUUCCCCACUCAGGAUACGAGUAGAGAAAGAGCCAGUGAACAUUCCCAUCCCAAGCAAACCUGUCCAAUCCUCGCCCCAGCCACAGAUAAUAUAUAGCAGUGCAAGAGCAGCAAGCCCUCCUCUGCCCACCAUUCACUCUGUCCAGUCUUUGCAAGAACCCAUGAUACAGUGUUCUGCUACUGCCAUUGGCAUUUCUGACUUUGCCCAAAAGAAAACAACUAUUGAGCAAGACAAUAGGGUGCCUGUGUCUUCAGGUGCCUAUGAUGCAGUGAGAUCCACCGGAAGACCAUAUCAGGAUGGAUGUACUCCCAGAGAAAAAGAAACAUUUGUCAAUGUAAAAACUAGCAACGACAUUGAGCGACAAACCAACUUUUCAAAACCUGAAGUUCCUUCAUCAUCGAGUGCAGACGGUAUGAAUUUUGAAUAUCUGGGUGACCCAAGGCGAAAUAUAAAGGUGCCUGCAGCAUUUUUAAUGAAGGCGCGACAGAAAACCAAGCCAAAGUAUGUAGCACGUUACCUCAUUCGGAUGAUGUUCCCAAAGGAUACGCUAAUGUACAGUAACAUGCAAGGUGACAAAAUUAGAGGAAUCAAACCGUUGGAUCCUAAUAGGAUCACAGCUUUACGAGAGUUCCUUUGUACACUUUUCCCCACAUAUGAUUUGAGUGAGGAAGGCAAAGACUGGAAAACUUGUGUCUCCAAUGUAAAUUCCAUGAUACGCAGCCUGCGUUGUGAAAUCCAAAAAGGAGCAGACAUCACAGGUGACAAUGGAAAAGCUUCAGAACAGGAAGGAGCAGGGGUGUGUGUCAAUCUGGAUUCCGACGGUGAAGAUGAGUUGAUCCCUUCUCAAAUACCUGAGGAAGCCAAAGCCACUACUGAGGUGCAGCAACAGGAAUGGCAACAGCAAGACAGCUCCACUGUGCCAGAGAACGAUGAACAGAGAGCCUUUGAACCUAAAGAAAUUCUUGGUAAUCCCGCUCGUCAAGUUCAGCUCCCGUAUUCUGCUGUGUAUGUUGCUAAGCAAAAAACAAGACCGGAGCUGGCUGCCCGAUAUCUGGUUCGACAUCUGUUUCCUGAGGAGGUGCUUGUCAGAAGCAACGUAUAUGGAAAUCUAGAUCGGGGCAUUUCUCCUUUAGACUGCAACAAAAUCAGUGCUGUCCGAGAAUUUCUUGAAGAGGUCUAUCCGGUAUUUGAUUUGGGUGAGAAUGGGCGUGACUGGAAAGCUUGUGUGGCUGCUAUAAAUAGUUCCAUUCGCAGCAUAAGACAUGACCUCAGGAAGUCCCUGCCGGGCUAUUACAAGAAACAGCACCCUCAGUAUUUUACUAUGUAUUACAAGAAACGGUCCGAGAAUCAUAGCAACAAAAUCAGCACUCCUCAAAGCAGCAAUCCCCAAGAGAAGUUCACUGGAGACACAAAUAUCCUCUGACCACUGCUUCUAAAGAGAUGAAAUGCUGAAAAUGAAAAAAGGCAUGUGCUCAGUUCUCAUUCGAAACAACAUGAUCUCAGAGAGCAUACACACUUAUUUAUGAUUUUCUCUUACUAUUAACUCCGAGGGCUCCUGAUUAUAAGCAAGGUUAUGUUUUAAUGCCAUGGUCCUGUUUUGGUGUAAGUGUUCAAGUUUGCACAUGUGCAAUACUCAGAAGUAUGAAUCGCAGAAUAGCUAAAACUGGAAACAUUUUAUCGCAGAACGGGUAUCAAAAACACUCGCACAAGUGGAAUGGAACAUUUGAGAUGACUUUGCAAACUGAUGGGACUUGGCUGCUGAAAUUUCUUUAUGGAUAUUACUUAUAGGGAGAGAUGUACCCUGUACUUGUAAAGAUAAUUUUGUAAAACCUACAUUGCUGGUAUGAUGCAUGAGGAUGCUCGAUCUUUGAUUUUACUUAUAUUUUACUUUUUCUUUAAUAUUUUUCCUGUUUUGAUUAUGUUCCUCAACAAAGGCCUUCCUCUUGGGCAACCUUGCCCACAACUGCUUCCGGUGACAAAUGAAAGAACACAUCUUAAGUUAUUUUCUCCCCUCAAGGCGGAAUAUUUAAUUAUUGUGAGGGUCCUUCCACCAGCCCAAACAUGAACAGAUCAAACUCAUUACAGCUUUUGAUUGACUACUUAGGUUGACCUGGAGCCCUUUGAACCUAUUAAUGGCAUAUUGUGCAGUCAGCAAAUGUAAUGUAACAAGUGCUGGAUUGGGGGUGGGGGUGAUGCAGGAGUUUAGCACCUCUGGAAUUUGAGUUUGGAUCUAACUCAGAGAAUGUCUUUUCUGUUGUAAAAACCCUAUGUAAAAUGAGUUUGGAACCUAGUUCCUUGUAAGCACAGUACUUGCCACAAUGUAGCACGAGUUCAUACUAAAUUGCCAGUAUUGCUGAAAAAAGACACCCUGUCAAAGCUUUUCUUCUUGCACUCAUCAGGCCAAUUCUUUUUUCAACAACUUCUGUACCACCAAACGGCUAAAUUGCCAGUCUUGCUCAUAAGAUAAUAAGGAGUGGGAAAAACAAGGUGAAUAUCAGUUCAACAGAGAGCACUGUUUUUUGGUUGAGCCUAUUGCACUUCGAUGUGUCCGUGUUGAGUUAUACCAUUUUGCCAUAUGACUCAUUCAGUACCCAGUUUGGGAAUAUUUGACGCUGUCACUGGGUGUCAAAAUUGGGGAAGUGUUUCAUUACCCACCCGUGAAAUCAGUCAUUUAUAGCACCAAAAUUUAUUAAUGUUUAGGAACAAAUAUAGGGUUCUGAGCCAUUGCUGCUUUGAUUUUUCAGAUUUCUGAUGCUUAAAUUGUAAAGAAUAUUGAAGCAUCAUUUGUGGAGUAUCACUGUGUUAAACAGAUAUAUCCUGCUGGCUUACAUUCUUUAUAUCUGAUUAACAUAAACUACAAAUUGUAUUCUUGCAGAGCUGUAAUAAAAUUUUCUCUAACUAA